UGUUGUGUGUUGUGUUUUAUCUGGUCGUUGUGUGUUGUGUUUUGUAUUGUGUUUGUGGUGUGUCGGCAGUGUGUGUGUGUGGUGUGUGUUCUGCUGAACCUGAUGAAAUGGAGUGUAAGCUGAGCGGGUUUGCUGGCCGCUGAUUGGCUGCUGAGUUUGGGAUAAAAGGGGAAUUAGAGCUCUGCUCGGCUCUGCUCCGCUGUGCUGUGUUGGGCUCUGCUGUGCUCACGGGGGAGCGGCGCGGGAGUGUGUGUGUGUGUGUGUGUGUAUUCUCACUGCGGCAUGACGGGGAAGGAAGGGGCCGUGCUCGCGGAGAGCGGCGCUAAAGCGACCGGCGCGAGCGCUAAGAACCUGAGCGCGCACACGCAGCCGCGCUGCACGGGCUUCGGCAUCCAGGAGAUCCUGGGCCUCAAUAAAGAGCCAUGCUGCGCUCCGCGCGCAGCGCUGGACACCAGCCCCGCCGCGCACCUGCUGACCGCCAGGUCCAUGCAGGGUCACGCCGCUGCAGUGGCCGGUAUGGGGGUCGGAGUUGGGAUCGGGGUGGGAUUACUCGGUCCUGGAGGCAUUCCGUCCUUCUACAGCCAGCCCGCCUUCCUGGAGGUGCUGUCAGACGCGCAGAGCGUCCACCUGCAGCCCCUCAGCAAGACAGUGGCGCAGCUGGACACCAGCCAGUCCGCAAGCUCAGACUCAGAGGAGGUUUCUUCCAGUGAGAGAAAAAUCUCCAAAUCAUCACUGAGUCAGAGCAAGAAGCGCAAGAAGAGACGACACAGGACGAUAUUCACCUCCUAUCAGCUGGAGGAGCUGGAGAAAGCCUUCAAUGAAGCUCACUAUCCUGAUGUUUACGCCAGAGAGAUGCUGGCAAUGAAGACAGAGCUGCCCGAGGACAGAAUCCAGGUCUGGUUCCAGAAUCGCAGAGCCAAGUGGAGAAAGAGGGAAAAGUGUUGGGGGCGCAGCAGUGUGAUGGCUGAAUACGGCCUGUAUGGGGCCAUGGUACGCCACUCCAUUCCUCUUCCAGAGUCCAUCCUGAAGUCUGCCAAGGAUGGAAUUAUGGACUCUUGUGCCCCCUGGCUACUAGGCGCCUCUCUAAAUCCGAAUCCCCCAACGCUCUUUUCAGGGAUGCACAAAAAGUCACUGGAGGCGGCAUCGGGGGCAUUGAGUGGGAAGCCGGAGGUCUCGCAGCAGCCGACCAAUCCCAAGGCCGACGAGGCUGAGGCAGAGGACAGGAGGAGCGAGUCGCCCAUGUCCAAAGAAGAACUGAGAGAGAACAGCAUCGCUGCUCUCAGGGCCAAAGCGCAGGAGCACAGUGCCAAAGUGCUGGGGACAGCGUCCUGCGAGAGACUCGAACGCAAAACGGAAUCCACGGCAACAGAGAGAGAGGAGAAGUCCAGCGAACGGUCAGACUCCCGACAAGAGGAAAAGAGCUCUUAGAUAUGCACUUAAAACCCUUAUUCAAGCCUCAUAGUGUCCCACUGUACCUUUCCUUUGAACAAACCCAGGUCACUUUCUCUUCUGUAUUUUCACAUACUCUGUUGACAAGCAGGAGUUUGGGUCCUCAUAGUAUACCUCACCAGUGA